UUUCUCAAACCCUCUGGUCACACCAUGCUCUGCUUUUCCGGGCUUCUGCCCAAAAAUAAUAUAUAAUAAUACAACCGCUUCACAAAGUAAAUGUCACCAAAAAAGAGGGGAGUUCAAGAGGCAACAGAAGAGCAAAACUGCCAUUUUCCCGCCGCACGAGUGUCCAGGCCAGAAGAUCCGUCCACAUCGUUUUAGCUGUGAGCCCUAGAAAUCUGAAAUGACAGAGAAGGUGACUAAACUGGCGCUAGCCAGUCGCCUUAUCGUCCUCCUGGUACAAUUGGUCGCCAACGGAGCCCUGCCAGAGCACAAACCAGAUGUAUUCCGGAUGCCGGUUUCGCCAGAUCAGAAUGCCUCCUGGAUAGACAAGAUUAUUAAGCGCUGCUUGGGCGGAUUAAGGCACUGGGAUGGAGAAUACUAUCUGCAUAUAGCCGAGAAUCUGUACAGCUACGAAAACACGUUGGCCUUCUAUCCACUGUAUCCGGUUGUGGUGCGUCAUGUGGCACAGGCCGUGGAGGCCAUGGGGAUCUCUUUAUCACAGGAAUCUAUUCUACUGGUGGUGGCCGUAGUUCUGAACCUGUGGCUCUUUUGCGAGUCGGCUAAUCUGCUGUUUCAGCUCACCCAAGUAUUGUUCAACGACCUAAACAAGAGCUGGAAUGCGGCCCUAAUCUUCUGCUUUAAUCCGGCCACCAUUUUCUUCACCGCCGCCUACUCAGAGACAUUUUUCGCCUUCUCCAGCCUUCAUCUGAUGCUGGAGUGCUUGAAGCCGACGGGUAGCUUCCGAUUUCUGCGUUUGGGAACCGCCUUAGGCGCCUGUUUAGUGUGCCGCUCAAAUGGAUUAAUCACCUUGGGAUACCCGAUCUACUUCUUCGGACGCCACCUGCUACUCAAGAACAAGGAGCCCAACACCUGCAUGCAGCUGGCACAAAUGACGCUGACAAUUCUGGGAGCCAUUGGGAUACUGCACACCUACUAUUUCUACAUAUACAGGCUCUACUGUCUGCCGUCUAUAAGGCCAAACCAUCCGCAGCACAUUGUGGACUACGCAGUGGAGCGGAAGUAUCUAUUGUCUGGCCAGGGCUCUGAAGGAUCACCCUGGUGCCAGUACACGUUGCCGUUCCCCUACACUUACGUGCAGUCGCACUACUGGGAUGUGGGCUUCCUGCGAUACUACAAGUGGAAACAGCUGCCCAACUUCUUGCUGGCCCUGCCCAUGCUGAGUUUCAUGCACUGGCACUGCUACGACUACAUGCACCACACGGCCAAAGCGGUCUGGGCAAAACUAAAGGCCUCUGGCUACAAGGAGCUCAUAAGGGACCACAUCAUAUUCCCUUUCGUGCUGCACGCUGCGUUUCUCACCCUUGUCUGCACCUUCUACGUGCACAUCCAAGUGUCCACCCGCCUUCUGGCCUCGGCCACACCUGUUUUCUACUGGUUUGCCGCUGACCACAUGCCCAAGACACUGGCCCAACUAAGGCUGCGUUCGAAGGCAGGAGCUCUCUUUGUAUGGUGCACCACUUAUAGUUUGGUGGGCACGGUGCUAUUCAGCAAUAAUUACCCGUGGACGUGAGCUAAAUGAUUGAAUUAGAAGGAGCAAUAUAACUCGCUGGUUGCCAAAGAGACUGUUCAUCCGCAUGGAUUUCAUUAUUAGUGUGUAAAUAAUCGUCCAAGUUCUCAAAAUUCAAUUGAUAAUUAUUGAGGCGCUCAAAAGUAUUGGUUUCCCAUUUCAAUUUCCAUUUAUAUUAUACAAAAAAGUGAAAAAUAAAAU